AUGGCAUCUAUAUCAGUUCCCAUCGAAAAGCACAAACAGUCACUAUAUUCAAAAGAUCCGUUUGGAAAUUCACAUCAAUCGGGAGGAUUUGGAGGCCAUUCAUAUAGCAGACUGUCUGGACUUCAUGAUAAUGGACCCCCGUACAUAGUGAAGUUGUUGAAUCUCCCGAUCACAUCUAAUGAAUCAUUUAUUGAAGACUUGUUUAAGAGCAGAUUCACGUCGUUUGUGAAGUUUAAAAUAGUGGUAGACCCGUCGUCCAACAUUUUAGAAACACAUGUUAUUAAGAAGGUAGCGUUUGUUGAACUAGAAUCGUUUCAGGAGAUGAACAAAGUAUUGAAAUGGCAAGAUCUAUAUUACAAGGCGACUAGAAGAGUGGUGGUCGAAUUGGCAGAUUUCCAUGAUUUUCAACACUGCAUUGCCUUCAAUCAAGAACACGAACGGGAAAUUCAGGAAAUCCAGGAUGACUUUAUUAAGCAAAAGCAAAGUCAACAUUUUGGCCAUGGUGGAUUUGACCAACCCCGCAAUAUUAAUAUCAAUUCUCCUCCAAGGAAACAUCAGCCAUUGAAUUCUCAUGCCACUUCAAUAUUGCAACCUAGUUUAUCUGAAAGAAAGCCAUCAAUGCCCCAAGAAGGCUCCGUAGGGCCUCCAACGGCCGCACCACAAAAAAAUAAACCUAACCCCUUUGGUGCAGCAAAACCAGUAGACGUAUUAGCAAAACUGCACGAAAUUGACAAAAAGCUUAUCACUAUCAACCACACGACUAUUAAGACUUUGGGCCCAAUGGCUGAUGAUAUUGAUUUGGGUCAUCAUGAUUCUACAGGAAAGCAAGCAUCUUCAGAACCGACACAUGUUCCACAUGAGAGAAGAAUGUCACAGAAAGAUUCAAGGCGAACUUCAGUUAAUAUCUUGAAGAGGCCUUCACCUUCUACAAGUCAGAACGUCCCAAGCGCCGAAUCGCAUCCCGAACUGAAGGAAGCAGAAAAAUCUCAAUUAACAAAAGCACCAAUCCCCGAAUCCAUAUAUUCUCCAAAGGACAAUAACAAGAGUCUAGCCGAGUUGUUAAGUAAAAAUGAAAACCCAUCUCCUCCUAAAGGAAGAAGUACCCCCAAGUCAAUCAAGAAUUCACCAAAGCCAAGUACUAAUAAGCCAGUAAUAUUGAAGAAGAAGCCUCAGACACCAGCAGUAGAUUUGACAGUUAAAGAAAGUGAAUUCUCUUCAAAUGUAGAAAAUACUGCCGCAAGUAAGGAGUUAGAAAAUGGGGCCAAAGAUAAAGAAAUAGAAGAUAAAUUGAAGGAAAUCAAUUCUUCUUUAUCACGAAAUAAUAAGAUGGAAAUUAUAAAUAAGUCUCCUGCUAAUGGCUCAGGAAAACCCAAAGAGGCUACCUCAGAUCAGAAACGCUCGCGUCAAACAUAUAAUAAGGUAAAUGAAAACCAAUCAAUGUCUGUUCCAGAGGAAAAUAAGAAACCGGUAGAAACGCAAGUUUCGUCUCAAGAAGCUGAGAGGGCAAAAGACAGGCCAAAUUUCAAAAAGCAUUUUGCAGAGUUGAGUAAGAGACAGAAUGCCCAGAGAGAGAAGGUGCAAACGCCCCAAAAUACGCGUUUCAGUUCUCAUUCACAAGCCUCUAAUAAUAAAAAGAAUGGUGCAAACUAUAAACGCCAUAUUCCAAAAGAAUUAGGAUUAUCUAUCGACAAGGUCGCCGUCACAUCAAAUCAAAAUACAGCUGAUUCGAAAAAUACAGCAACAAAGAGUAAUGUUAAUGGGGAUGUUAGUAAAGAAGAUCGUGGUAUUGGAGCCAGGGGCACCGGAAGAAAUAAAAGCAGAUUUUCGGGAAGAGACAAGUCGACAGACUUACCAAAGAAAGACGUCAAAAAUAUCGAAGAGGUUAAAUCCAGAAAGCUACAAGCUAAUUUCAAAGGCAACAAUAAAAAUGGUAGAAAGUCCAAGGAAACUAAUAAUUCCGACCAAAUUGAAGCCCUGAAUGGUUCUAAAGAUAUGAACGAUGCUAAGGAUCCGAAGGAAAGAAAAUAUGUAAAAAUUGUUCAAGAUGUGAAGAAUGUGAGAGACGUCAAAAACGUAAAAGACGUAAAGGACCUGAAAGAAGCGAAAGUGGCGAAAUCUGAAGUUUUGUCAAAAGUGUUGAAUAAUUCUACAGUCAGUAACGAAAAAGGCAGUAAGACUCCAGAAAUGAUUGAAAAAGACGUUAAAUCUGAUCCUAGCAAUGGGCUGGCAUCGUCUUCCACUGGUGGAAAACAAAGUAUUUCAGAUUCCGUAGAUUCGAAAGCGGAUGUUACAAAGUCAGAUGUGCUGUCAGAGAAUGUUUCUACUACUUCCAAUCGCGGUAGAGCUAGAGGAGGUAGAGGUAAAGGUAGAGGCGGUUUUAGGGGUUCUGUUAGAGGUAUGAGAGGGGCUAGAGGAAGAGGAAACUUCAAUCUUCAUUAUGUGAGAAGUAAAGAUGACAAAGCCGAAAGUUGA